AUGACCCGUCACUCAGCCCGCUUCUCCCGAACUGCUUCACCCUCCACCAUGCUUCCCUUCCCGUCUGUCGCCCGUUCCCGCGUGUGCGGCCCGUCCGUGCGUCACCCGCGCAUCACCACCGUCGCCGCUGUGCUGCUGCUCGUCGCCUGCAUCUACCACACGCGCGGCUUCCGCACCGCCACCCCGCCCGUCGUCGGCAGGGCCUCCGUCCUACCCGAUGCCCUCAAACAGGAGGAACUCAUCGCCGAUGGAGAGGGCGGCCAGAGAAUGGAUGACACGGAGAGGGAGGGCGCCAUCGCUCCGCUCAUGCAACCGGACGCCCCCGCAUCCGAGCCUGUAGCCGUUGUUCGUGAUGUGCCUACCACUGCUGAGGAGGCUUCCGCCGCUUCGGAGAAUGACAUCGUGCGUGACGUCGAGAGCCACGAAGAUGCCUCGCCGCUCAUUGCCCCCACGGAGGGAGAGACUGUGGACACCGCCGUAGAGAAGGACGCCGCGCCUGUUACAGCCCCUAUUGAGGGAGAGACUGUGGAGACCGCCGUAGAGAAGGACGCCGCGCCUGUCAUAGCCCCCGUCGAGGGAGAGACUGUAGACACCGUCGUAGAGAAGGACGCAGUGGAUACGUCUGUGUCCACGGGCCCGGACGUUGUACCUACUGAUGACAGGAUGCAUGAGGACACCGUCGUCCCGGCCCCCGCUCUUGAUACAAGUGACAAGGUGGAGACUGAGCCUUCGACCGUUCAGCCGGAGGGUAUUGAAACGUUUGAGAAGGUUGAGACUGAGGAGACUGUCGGCAAUGGGCCGAUUGAGACGGGUGCCGAGGGUGGAGCAGGGGGCGAAAGUGAGCAUAUUUACGCUGCUGAGAAGCUCGAGAAUGAACAGUCUGUUGGGGGCGAGCCUCUAGAUGCCGUUGAAAAGGUUGAGGAAAAUGCUUCUGCUGGGGACCCGGCCAUUGACGCCGCUGACAAGCAGGAGCAUCUAAACCAGGACGAGGCCCAUGGUGACACCAUUGAAUCUGCUGACAGGCAGCAGGAGGCUGGUGACGAAGAUUCCGCUACUGUCGCUGGUACAGACAGUGCUGCAGUCAUUCACGAAGAAGAACCGCACGUUGAAAAUCAAGUUUUGGCUCAGAUUGAGAAGCAAGCUGAAGAGGGCGUUGUUCCUGGAGAGACCGUGCCAGAGACCGAGAAGCAGGUUGAGGAAGGCCCCUCGCUUGAUACCGCAGAGCGAGAGCAAAAUUCAGCUGAGGGAGAGGGCGAUGGAUUCACUGAAGACGUGGGUGGAGGAGAAGGCACGCUCGGGGAGGACCACCAAGAAUAA